AUGCCUUUGCAAGUUCCAGUUUUGUUACUUUUUUGUGGGACGCAGUGGAAAACGUGCGAUUGUCUAUACGCAGAAGAAGAGAAUCUUUAUGAACGAGAUACCUGA